AUGGCCUUGCAAUUUGAUACUAAUGGCCUCUACCUCCUUCUGUCGGAUCGUGGAGCUGAGUCGACCUUCCACUGGGGUCUUUACCUUGCCAAGUCCCCCGCCUCCGGUGACAUUUUUGACAUCAUCAACUUCCCGAACCCAAGGGUGUGGGCGUAUGAACCCAAGUCGAAUCAGCAGGUGACCACAUCCAAGCGAUGCCUUCUCGCGUUGAAAGUUGGAGACUUGGACCCGGCUCUGCAUGGCCCGUUGCAGACUCGCCUGUCGCAGGUCCCAAUCCAGUACUCGACGCGCUUCCAUGAAGCCAUCACCUGCCGUGUCUGGGUGAAGGAAGCCCUCUUUGCUUUGGACGAUGAAGGAUAUAUCAAACUUAUCGAGACCGUUAAUGGCAUCGAGACUGAGGCUCGGUACGCCGCCAUGUUGAACAAAGCAAAUGGAAAGAGAACGGUUGCUAGGAGCCGCGGCAGCAUCUUCUGA